AUGAACUCUCCCUUUCCCAAAUCCACCUCGGCUCCAGGCGAGGGAUGUCUCGUUGUGCAUCUUCUUCCUCAAAAGAUAUCCGGCCUCUCCACCAUCUCCUUUCAGUAUCCAUUAAAACUCAUAUCACCGUCGCCCUCCGCAGACCAGAGGAGCGUCCUGGUCUUUCUCUUGACCUACGGAGGUGGCCUCGUAGGCGGUGACCAGGUCCAUCUCGUGAUCGACGUGAGACCUGAAGCGCGACUUAGCAUUGUCACUCAAGGUCAUACGAAGAUCUUCAAGUGUCCAUCUCGCGAUGUCGUUACCCGUCAGCAGCUCGAGGUAACCAUCGGGACCGGCGCCGCUGUUUGUUUGCUUCCGGAUCCCGUACAGCCCUUCGAGAGCAGUGUUUACGAGCAAUCUCAGAAAUUCUGCAUCGCGGAGGGUGGCAAUCUCUGCCUUCUCGACUGGGUAUCCGAAGGCCGCACUGCCCGAGGAGAAGAUUGGGAUUUAGGAGCAUGGAGUGGCAGAAACGAGGUCUGGACGAUGGGCACUGAUCAGAAGAAACCUCGACUUUUGCUGAGAGACAAUGUCAUCUUGGAGGGCGAUGCUCCAGGCGCAGUCGAGAAGCAUUUGAGGAAGAAAAUGCAUGCUCUGGGAAUCUUCGGGACUCUAAUACUUCGAGGUCCCCUAAUGGAAUCUCUGGCAGACUUCUUCCUCUCCGAGUUCUCGGCACUCCCCAGGAUCGGUGCCAGGGACUUCAGAUCUCAGGAAAAGGUCGAUAGAGACAGUGGAGCAAUCAUGUCGAAGCACGAAUCCUGGAGAGCAUCACGAUUAAUGCAGGAGAUGAGUGACGGUGUGCUUUGGUCGGCUGCUAGGAUCCGAGGAUGUACAGUCAUCAAAUUUGGCGCCCGGACAGUGGAAGGUGGGCGUAAUUGGAUCGGAAGUGUGAUAAAGGAAGAAGGGUCGAUACCAGAAGAAUUUGGGGAUGAUUCGACGAUGUGCGUUCGUUGA